AUGAGCGCACAGUCUAUGCUGCUCUCUCAUAUCUACCAACCUCUUCGCAUCCCUAAUAUUGGCAUACGCGCAAUUUACCCGGCGACGAAACAUGCGCCCGAUCAUGUCGACGAAAUAGCCAUUGCCACUAUAUACUUGAUGGUGAUGAUGAUACUGGCUGUUUUGAUACGACUGGCCUUCCGGCUUCACAUGCUUCGCUCACUGGAAUGGGACGAUGGGACUAUAUCGCUUGCACUGAUCUUCGCUGUUGCACAAUGCGCUGUCAUUCUUGCUGGAACGAGGAAUGGGUUGGGCAAGCGAGAACUGAGCCUCAGUGACUCGGAAGUCCAAACACUAGAGAAGGUUCUCUAUUCAUCGGAAAUUCUAUACAUUCUUGCUCUUAGCUUAGCAAAGACCUCAGUACUGCUGCUCUUGAACAGAUUGGCUGUUAACAAGUGGCAUAAGCGAGUUUCAUUCUGGACGUCAAUUCUGGUCGGUAUUUGGACUGUGCCAGUCUUUUUCACUCUGGCACUACAAUGCGGAGUGCCUAAUCCUUGGGAUUUUAGCGAAGGCCAUUGCGUAGAUAGUUUCGCCUUCUGGACAGGCAUCUCCCCUAUCGACAUAAUAACAGAACUCGUCAUCUGCAUCCUACCUAUCUACAUCGUGAAACCAGUCCAGGUCGUCUCCGGGAAGAAAGUCACUGUUGUGGUUGCAUUCUUUAUCCGCAUCUUCGUUAUCAUAACCACAGUUAUUCGCCUUAUCCUCAUGCGCCACUCCCAGUCCUCCCCCUUCACCGACAUGAACGACGCCGCGUUUGCAACAACCAUCACAACAGAAUGCGUCCUCUGCGUCAGCAUCAUGACAGCCUGUAUCCCGUGCCUGAAACCGUUCCUCGACGCCUUUGACAGCGGCAUGCUCAACGUAUCCUUACAUAAGCGCAUUGGUGGAGGCAGCAAUAGCAACUCUUAUGGCAAUGCGUACGCGAUGACUAGUAUGAGCAAAGGUGUUAAAGAAUCAGCCACUAGGUCACGGUACAUGGAGGAUGAGAUCGAGGGCUUGGGCACUUCUGCUGCAGCGUUUGCUGUCACAUCUCCGGGUCAGCCAUUGGGUAGGAGGGAGUCAACUCUGGUAAUUCAAAGAACAGAUCAGUGGAGCGUGAGGUGCGAAUUCGUUGAUCCGAGGAAUGGGUCUGUUGAGGAUGUGACGGAGCGGUCGGAGAAUAGUGUGGCCAGGUGUGAACAUUCUUUGUAG